GCUAUUCUACAGCCCCUCCCUCAGCCCCUUGAAAUGGCUGAUUCCAAAGUCAGCCAUUCCUCAAAGCUUUUCUCUUCUCAUUUGUCUAUUGAUCAACUUGUAGAUGUCAUUGAUUUGUUAAAGAGGUCAGGGUAUCCUGAAACAAGAUGGCAAGAUCUGGGACUGAGACUAGGACUACACAAGAACACACUGGACGCCAUUGAAAGGAAUCACCCUGGUGAUGUAACUCGCUGUUUGACUGAAUGUCUGUCUAAGUGGUUACGUAAAGCAGACAAUGUAAAUAGUAAAGGAGGAGCUACCUUUGACUCACUGUCAAAUGCUCUUAGAUCAAUGGAUGAAACUGCUGUAGCUGACAAGUUAGAUGAAGAGAGAUGUAAUGCUAUGGCUACUUGUAUUUUUGACACUCAUUGCCAUAACCUCUCACAGUCUCUCUGUGAUCCAGUCAGUGUAGCAUGGAUGCUGUAUGGAGAGCGUGUGUUAGUAAAACAAGCAGUGACUAGUGUUGAAUCAGGUAGUCCAUUUAUUCCUAAACAACGUGAAGCACUGUUAGAUGCUCUGAAAGAAGUUAUUCAGUUGAAUUAUAAGAACCUGCAAACAUUGGCUAUUGUUCUUUGCAAGUUUCCUCGUAAUAUGCCACUAGGAGAAGCAAUGCACACAGACUAUGAGAAAUGUUUUCCAAGCAGUGAUGAGUUUAUUAAGGUUAAAGUUGAAGAAGGUGGUUCAAGUACUGGAACAGCUUCAUCUACUGAUUCUGUUUUAUCAACCUCCACUGUUGAAAUUCCCAUUCGUAAAAGUAUGAGUCAAGACUUCUCAUCAAUAAGAGCAUCAUAUGGUAGAAUGAUGUAUAAUGUUCGUAAAGCUAUCAGAAGUCAUCAAGUUGAUUUUGAUGAGCUAAUAGACUUCACCAUAAGCUGUAGCAGUGAUAUUGAAGAGAAGCUAGACAAAUCCUCUGAUGUAGCUAGUGUCCUCCGUGUGAUUGAGAAGAAAGAAUGCUCUCUGAUUGAUACCAGUCUUAUUUCUGCUGUUGUUGAAGAGUUCAGAGUCACUGAAGCUGAAAGAUACGUUGAAGAGUAUAGGGAGAAGUUGAGAGAAUUCUGUCGGUCUAUAUCUGUCACUCUCUGCUUGAAGGAGAAGUUUGAAGCUAAUCCUUCACUUCAAUGUGAAACAGCUACCUAUGUGUUUGACUGGAGGCCUGAUGAGAAGAAAUUGAAAGAUAUCACUGAUAUUCUUUCAAAGACAUCUGGUAGAUUUGUUAAGAUCAAGUUCAUUGAUACUGGAUACUCCAUUGUGAUCACUUGCUCCUUCCCUCACUCUCUCAUUGGAGCUCUGAUCACAAAAUUAAUUGAAAAUCUUGAUGUAUUAAUAAAGAAUUGUCUAAAGAAAUUUACGAUUGGAUGCUGUUUAAUAUGGAAAAAACAAAAAUUAGAAGAGAGGGAGCAACUGCUGGAAGAAGAUAUAGAUAUGAUUAAAGCCAAUCAAGGUGAUAUAAGUGAAGAUCCUUAUGACUUACAAGAAAAGUCAGUUAGGGUAAAGAAGAAAGAGAAGCUACUUACAGCACCUGAUUCUGGUCUACAGUCAAUUGAUACAAGUUUUGCUAUUGUUACUUCACAAGUAAAGAAAGAAAAAGAGAUAAACAAGAGAUUAGAAGAGAAACUACAAAAAGUAAAGGAAAAGCACUGCAUUCAACAUAUGUUACUGUUAACUAAUACUGGCUCAGCAUUGAGCAGGAUUAGAAGAGGAAUGAGGAUGGAGAUAGAAGAAUUGAUAUUAUAUUUAACAGCAAAAAAAUCUGAUUUGCAGGAUCAGAAUGCAGCAUUAGCAGAGAAUAAGAGAGAAAUAGAGUAUUUGCAAGAACAAAUAUCAUCAGCUAGUGUACAGUUACUUAUAAAAAGAGAAGAGAAGGAUGCCAUGAAACUUGCUAUUGAUAAAAUUCUUUCCAAUCAAGUGAAAUUAUUAUGUGAAAAAGAGGAAGUUAAGGAAAUCAUAGGAGCAAUUACUGAAAAUGAAAUAUUAUUAGCUGAAACACUCCUCUUGUAUCAGUCUUGGUUUCAUGGUGAAGUAACUAGAAAAUAUGCUGAAAUGUUGCUAGAUGAUUUUUAAAAUGUUUCAGGUGCUUUUCUUGUCAGAAUAGCUGGAAGCAAUCCAAUAAUUUAUACCAUAUCGUUUAUUUAUCAACAUAUAUAUAAUCAUGUGAUGAUUUUCCAGAAGAUCGAAAAAGGGAAGCUAAAGUUUCAUG